AAGCCACCGACUUUCUUCCCCCUUGAAAAGCCGGUGAGAUCUUGAUGAAAUUCCUUCCUUUUCUUGUUGAAUCACAAGAUUUAGGACCUAGAAUCUUCCCUCUCAACCCAGAAAAAUCCCGGUUCUGCUCUGCUCUUCUCCCCUGCAGCCGGCAAGAGCCCCAGCUACCGCCACCCAUUUCCAGCCAGGAACACCGGCCAACCUUGGGGAUUUCUCCCUAUUUUCUUGUUCUAGAACAGCCAUUAAACCCAGAAUUUCCAGAUCUGUUCUGUUUUGCGUCUUCCUCCCUUUGUUGUCCGCCGGCUGCUAUGUGGGUGUGAGGUUUUUGGGAUUUUUCUGGUAAGAUCUAGCCAUGAAUCCCUCUCUUUAACCUUGAUUUAGGUUGGGUUUACUUUAAUUGCUUUAUUCCCUUCCAAUUUCUGGUAAAGCCGUGAGUCCCCUGCAGAAAAUUCCCGCCGGCCUCUUCCCCCCUGCAGCUUCGGUUCUUGCUGGAAAAUUCUGGUUUUGCUCGUUCUGUCACCGUAGCACUUGGGUUAGCCUUCUGUUCUGUGUGAGUGAGGAAGCGAUACCGAGGACGGGGAAACCGAGGGGAGUGACGAGUUAGAAGGGUAGCUAUUUCGAGAUUGGUAUAGAUUUAGAAAUAAAUCAUGCUCUUGUAAGCUAGAGUGUAUUUGGAGAUUUUAUGAUAUCAGAGCAGAUGGUAAAAUUUUAUCUUGAAAUUUUGUGGUAUUAGAUUGUGAUUUGAAUAAGUUUCGAGCCUUUUGCACUUGUGGGACUCGUCUAAUGAGUGCACGGCGUCUGUCGCGUCCCUGGAUUUGAGUUCUGGGGCGUGACAAUGAAAAUGAACCAUUCUACAUUUUGACCAGUCAAGUGCUGAAUCGAUCCCAGUGAUGUUAUAGUGAUUUAUUCAAAUAAUUCUUUUCAAUAACU